AUGCGCCACAAGAACUCGAUGUUCUCGCUACCAGGUAAGUCACUCCGAGUUACAAUGUCUACUCAAGUGUUAUGAGCGACCGGCUCUUAAUGUAAUAUGUUUUCGUGGGGCGCUUAGUGUGUGUGUGGUGUUGUACUUGAUGAGCAAUGAUCGUAGACUCGAGGAGCUCAGGGUCAAGAAGUUGAGUCGGAGUGAACGCUUCUACUGUUUAGAUGACGCCAGCGUGCGGCCAAAGUUUGUGCCGGCGGCCGAGCCGCUGUUGCUGGUGGAUUCGGGAGAGCCGUCGUCGCGGCGAUCGUCCACGGCCAGGAUUCCGAAUUUGGCCGAGAAUCCGGAGACUCGAGCAGUCGAAGUGGCGGAGGUGAAGGAUGUGGGCCUUCUGAAGUCGGUGAUGAGCUACCCGCCGGGGGUGUUCUUCAUGCUGGGUAACGAAUUCUGCGAGAGAUUCUCGUUUUACGGGAUGAGAGCGAUUCUGAUGCUGUAUCUGAUCCACGAGUAUCAACUGGCUGACAGGUAUUUUUUAAAUUUUGAUAAAAAAGUAAUGUUUAAGAUUAGGCAUAGAUUAGGUAUGACUAGUUAAUAUUUGUGUUAUUAUUAUAGUCAAAGGAUAUUGUACUGGUAUUAUUAGUUGAUUAACCUUAUCUUUGAAGUAAUUAUUGAGUUUUUAUAGUACGGCUUCGUUGCUGUACCACUUGUUUAUAUCGCUGUCGUAUUUUGCACCUCUAUUUGGGUCGAUUGUUGCGGAUAAUUACUUUGGGCGAUUUAAGGUCAUUCUUUGGGUGAGUUAUUAUUAUAACUUUGCAAAUCAACAACAUUUUUUUAAAUCUUAACAAAUAUUUUUAACAAAUAAUAUUAAAUAUAUUAUAUAAAUAAGAUAAUAUAGUAUAGAUAAUAUACUAUUUAUUUUUAUGUGUUACCUACUGAAGAAUGUGAUUUAGGUGUCAGUAAUAUACGUGAUUGGACAUCUCUUGCUAUCAGCUGGUGCUCUGCCUUACUUCGAUGACCUGACUAGGGCUUUGUUAGACAUAUUUGGCCUGGCCUUGAUCGCUUUGGGUACUGGAGGUAUUAAGCCUUGUGUUUCUGCGUUUGCGGCUGACCAGGUGACUUUUUUUAGAUCUUAUCGCAUUUUUGCGAUAGGUACUAUAAUUUUGGUUUUAGCCAGAUAUUAUAGCCGAUUUUAUUUGUAUUAUAACCUAUUUAUGUUGUUUAUUUUAGGUAUAUAGAGGAUAGAACGUUAUUCUUUGUUAAAAAAAUGUUUUUAUUGGUUUAUAAUAUCUGUUUUGAAAUGUUUUUCUUUCAUAACAUAUAGAUAACAGUUCAUAUUUUUAGUUUGAAGAAGGCCAAGUCCAAGAAAGAACCCAGUUCUUCUCCUUCUUCUACUUCUCCAUCAACGCCGGCUCUCUCGUCGCCAUCAUCGUGACUCCGCUUCUCCGUGCUCGAAUCCAAUGCUUCGGGUCCGAGUACUGUUUCCCUUUGGCGUUUGGUGUUCCAGGUGUUUUGAUGGCGAUUGCUUUCUUCACCUUCAUCGCCGGCUACAAGUACUACAAGAUAAAGCCGGCGGAGAAGGGUAAUAUCUUGUGGAAGGUGGUGAGCUGUAUCUGGACAGCGUUGAGGAAGAAGUUCAGAGCUGUGCUACGGAGAGAGAGGAUUGAUAAGCAUUGGCUGCAGUACGCUGUGCCCGAGCACGACGAGAAUCUGAUCAAUGGAGUCAAGAGUCUAGUCGCUGUAUCAGUUCUGUUUGUGCCAGUCGUCUUCUUCUGGGCGUUGUUUGAUCAACUGGUAGGCUUGGUUAAAUUGAAAAUUAACAUAAAUAAUUAUUAGGUUGUUGAAAUAAUUCUGUGCCCUUACUGAAAGCAAGUUUUUAGGGUUAGAGGGCACAGAAUUAUGUGAACAUAUCUAAAGCAUUGUAUUUUAUUUAUAUUAGUAUAAUAAAGAAUCGAAGCCAUUUUAGGGAAGCACAUGGGUGAUUCAGGCGCGUCGUAUGGAUGGCAGAGUCGGGCCUUUUACUAUAUUACCAGAUCAGAUGAACACUUUCAACCCUCUGAUGAUAUUGUUCAUGGUGCCAGUGUUCGAAGCGUUUAUCUACCCCUGUUUGCACAAGGUUGUGGUAAUCACACCGCUACGUAAAAUGGCAAUGGGCGGUGUUUUGGCGGCGUUGUCAUUUGUAAUCGCUGGGCUUUUACAGGUAAUAAUUGACGUGUUUUUAAAUUUUGAUGGAUUUGUGUGUAUAUAUAGCUUUUAUCAGUACAAAUCUGUGGUCAAUGUAUAGCUAUUUUUUAAGUAUAAUAUGACUUUUUUAUAAACUUUACUUCAAUUUGUGAUUUUCUGGCCCAUUUACUAUCAAAACCGCAAAUUUUUGGUAACAACUUGGUCUUUUCUAUGCAAUAAGUUGUAAUUUCAGAUCAAAGUGAACUCGUCCAUGGAACCAGUGCCACUAACGCAUCAGUCAUUCGUCUAUAGAUUGGGGGAUUCUGUGGAUACGAUAGUCAGCCACAACGGUUUGAUUCUGGAGCCUGGAAAGAACAUUUGGCCUCACGGUAAAUACGGAUUCCAAGUUGGGAAUCAGAGCUUCGGCCUUGAUUUAUACGGUGGAAAGGCGUAUGUGGCUGGUAUCUCAAAUGUCAAAAAUAAGUGAGUAAAAUCCUGAGUUAUGUUAGUUAAAGUAAGAUGUUUGCUACUACUUUUUCGUUGGUGGAACGUCGUUCUUGUUAAGAUUAUUUUUGUAAUCAGUCGACGAAAGUAAAAUUCAAAAAACAUGAUCAUAGGCAUGCAAAAAUAUAAGUAUAAAGAUGACAAUCCUUUCAGAGUAUCAGUGAAUGUGUUUGAGUACAAAUGCGAGAAGGUCGAGAACGGCCGAACUCGGAUCUACAUCCUGACAACAGAUGAUUCGCCGUUAAUCGGACAGAGUUUAUACAUUCUGGACAGUUCAUUAGCCGUCAACCAACAUACUACGAUAAAGCCAGGUCAGUCAGUUGAUAUUGUGCCCAACAUCUACAGUUACCCUCAGUAUACGAUCGUCUACGGUAAUUGUAACGAGGAUCAUCAGUGUGAACACGAAAUGUAAGGUUAUAUGAAUAAAGAACAGGGUUCUGGUGCAGGAUAUUAAUCAUAUUACUCACCGAACGUAGUACUAUAGUACUACUCGAUUGUUUAUCUUUUUAUAGUAGGGUUUCGUAUAAUAUUGUACUUGUUAUACAAGGUAUAUUGUGUUCUCAAAACAUUAAUUGCAGUAAAAUCAACGCAACAGUGGGAUCGGCACACGUUGUAGACCUAGACCAAGAAGGUCUUCGCACAAUGAUUGUACGACCCAACUCGGUCAGUGUUCUAUGGCAACUGCCACAAUAUCUUGUGAUGACCUGGGGCGAGAUACUGUUCAGUGUGACAGGACUAGAGUUCUCUUACUCGCAGGCCAGCCCAAGUAUGAAAAGCGUGCUGCAGGCGAUCUGGCUGAUGACCACCUUCUUCGGCAACGUCAUCGACAUGUCCAUAUCUGGCAGUCAUCUGAUUCGAGAGCCUGAGAUCGAGUUCUUCGUGUAUGCAUUCUUGAUGCUUGUUGUGAUAGGCAUCUUCGUGCUGAUUGCCAUGAACUACACGUACGUUGAGGAUGAUGUUGAACUGAAUGAUGGUCCUUCGAAUAAGAAGAAACACGAUGACAAUGACGCUUUCUAA